CCUAAUAAAACUUUUACCUACCUCCCACCAAACACUAGCCAGUUGCAACGUCCUCAUCAGAACUCCCAAUCGGGGAAAAUGUCGAGUCUUGGAUCCUCCGACUCUUCUCCGUCGAAGAGCUCCCAAUCGUGCUCGGAAUCUGAACAACCUGCAACCGAAACUCCAGAAAAGGGGAAAUUUUCACCCUACGAGAAACAACGAUUGAAGAGAAUCGAGGAGAACAGAGCGAGAAUGGAGGCAUUGGGCCUUCGCAAAAUUGCAACUUCCUUAUUGGGUUCACUUCCGAAGCCUCAAAAUAGAAUUUCCGGCAAGAGAGGAAAAACGAAGGUGGGCUCCGAGGAAGAAGACGAUGAAUACAAGCCUUCUUCUGAUGGUGAAGAGAGUGCGAGCUCUUCAGGCGAAGAAGAAGAAGAAGAUGACGGUGGUGAUCGCUAUGGGUUUUCCAAAUCUGUUUCAAAUAAGUCAAAGAAUAAACAUUCAAAUCCAAAGAACAGAGCUCUGAACACACAGCCUCCCCGUGAAUCAGAUUUCAUGGAUGAUGAUGAUGCUUUGAUGCAGGCAAUUGCUCUUUCACUACAAGAUUCUGCUGGACUUUUGGAUGUGAACAAAACACCUCCUAAAAGUGGUGGUGUUCAUAUCAUGGAUGAAAAGUCUAGAGUGAAGAAUGUGGACUCUAACACCAUAGAUGGAAAAGGAAAGAGGAAGAGAAAACAAACGAUCAGGAGUCGGGUGCAAAUGACCGAAGAUGAAAUCAUUUUACACUUCUUUCACUUUGAUGAGGCAGGAAAGGGAAGCAUAGGUUUGAGAGACAUAGAAAGAGUAGCAGCAUCACAUGACUUUUUAUGGUCUGAAGAAGAGCUAAGAGACAUGAUACAUUGCUUUGAUGGUGAUGGAGAUGGAAAGCUGAGCCUGGAUGAUUUUCGCAAGAUUGUCCUUCGAUGCAACAUGAUAAAAGAAUUGUAAAACGUCGCAUCUUGAGGAAAUUUCACAUAUCUUACAGGUAUCUAAGUUGGCUUUGGUGAUUUUAAUUGUGAGUUUUUUUUCUUUAAAUUAUGUCCUAUAUGUCAUUAAAGAUCCUCAAAAUGAUGCACUAACAUUAGGCUAAGGGGGGCUUCUGCUUGGUGUUCUUGUUGAGGGAAAGUAUAGUGUAGUGAGACAAUGUAGGGUGACUAAUCCUUGAUGUAUGUAUGUUAAUGACUUCAUUGUUUGUACUGUGGAGUUUGGUUUAAUUAUUGCCUAAUUGCAAUUAGAAAAAUAUUGCCUCCCUCUCAGAGUAUUGUCUAGUUUGGUGUUCGUGGUUAAGUUGAACGAAUUUGUUACAUAAAAAUCACAUUGUAGAUUCAUAUGAAAAUGAAUUUAUGAGAUUUAU